UGUCCCCGGAAGUGAAGUGAGUGGCGUAUGCUAGCUUGACGCUGCUAGCUAAAACUUCAGAAUGGAACAGAGCAGAGAGAGAGCCGUUAGUUAGUCAACGCUAGUAGAGGAGGAAAUCUGACCGUCCAUGUCUUGACUACAAAUAUUAACCCGCUGACAACAUUAUUGACAGCAAUGUCGAGAGAAAACACCACUCGAAGUUUGGACAGCAUAGACCUUGCUGCAUUACGAGAUCCAGCAGGUAUCUUUGAGUUGGUGGAAGUUGUAGGCAAUGGAACCUACGGUCAGGUGUACAAGGGUCGCCAUGUCAAGACAGGCCAACUGGCAGCUAUCAAAGUCAUGGAAGUCACAGAGGAGGAAGAAGAGGAGAUAAAGCUGGAGAUCAACAUGUUGAAGAGUUAUUCCCACCAUAGAAACAUCGCUACCUAUUAUGGAGCUUUUAUUAAGAAAGGUCCUGCUGGACAGGACCACCAACUCUGGUUGGUGAUGGAGUACUGUGGAGCCGGCUCGGUGACAGACUUGGUGAAGAAGACGAAGGGGAACUCUCUGAAAGAGGACUGGAUUGCUUAUAUCUGCCGAGAGGUGCUCAGGGGUCUUUCCCAUCUUCACUCCCAUCAUGUGAUUCACAGAGAUAUUAAGGGACAAAAUGUUUUGCUCACAGAGAAUGCUGAAGUCAAACUGGUUGACUUUGGAGUGUCGGCUCAGCUGGACAAGACGAUCGGCCGAAGGAACACUUUCAUCGGCACUCCUUACUGGAUGGCUCCUGAGGUCAUCGCCUGUGACGAGAAUCCCGAGGCCACAUAUGACUAUAGGAGUGACCUCUGGUCUUUAGGCAUCACUGCUUUAGAGAUGGCUGAAGGAGCCCCUCCUCUGUGCGACAUGCAUCCAAUGAGAGCGCUGUUUCUGAUUCCACGCAACGCUCCACCCAAACUUAAAUCAAAGAAAUGGUCCAAGCGGUUCUUGACGUUCGUCGAUAGCUGUCUUGUCAAGAACCAUCUGCACCGACCCACAACUGAUGCCCUGCUGAGACACGCUUUCAUCAGGGAUCUGGCUAAUGAAAGACAAGUCCGCAUCAUGCUCAAAGAUCACCUGGACAGAACCAGGAAGAAGAGAGAGAAAGAGGGUCCAGAGUACGAAUAUAGCGGCAGUGAAGAAGAAGAAGAUGAGGUGGCAGAGGAGGAAGGAGAACCCAGCUCCAUAGUAAAUGUUCCUGGUGAGUGGACGUUAAGACGGGAGUUUCUUCGUUUACAGACAGAGGACCGUGAAGGGGCCAGAGAGGGAGUCCACGGAGGAGGUGGCGGUCAACAAAGACAACAGGCGUUACAGCAGCACAGGCAGCAGUUAGCAGAGCAGGAAAGAUACAAGCAGCAGUUACUGGCUGACAGACAGAAGAGGAUCCAACAACAGCACGAGCAACGGCAAAAGUUAGAGGAUCAACAGAGACGGCAGCUGACAGACUGUGCCUUUCAGUGGGCGGAGCUUCAAGAGAUCUUGCUCGGGGAGGAGUCUGAUCUCCAUGACAACAGAAUCCAGCUUGAUGACAGGAACCGGAGGAGUGACAGGAGACCGGACCAGACAGGCAGACAGCUGAGUGCCGAUGUGUCAGUAAGGCCUCUGGACUCUCCAGCAGAGCAGAGAGCCGUGGCUCCAAACCAGCUGCUUCAGCAUAAGGCCCAGCACUCGCAGCCUCAGCUGCAGCCGCAAGCCAAGCCCCAGCCUCUGGCCCAGCAUCAGCAGCCCUCAGCGGGCAGGAGAUCCCACCGCACCCUGCCCAAGGACCAAACCCAGCUCCUGUCACUGCAGCACGACCACAGACACAGGGAGAGAGAGAGGGAGCGAGAGAGGCAGAGGCAGAGAGAAAAGCCUAUGGCAGCUGUCCAGAAGCUAACAGCUAAUACUGGGAACACAGCUGCUGCUGCCGCUUCCUCGCCCAGUCGCCCUGCAAACAGCCAGCGCUCAGCGAUGGAUUUCCAGGAAUCAAAUUUAGCCAGGCUGCUUUUGGCUAGUGGUCUGCCCAGCCAGAUGCACUCGAGGCUGGGCUCUGGGAGCAGCUCUAGUCCUUGUACCCCAGCCAUGCAGAGAGCUCACUUCAACCAGAAUGCCAAUCUGCGCUCUAGUCGAGACACCCCUCACAGCAGCUCUAUGUCAGAUAUGGCCAUCUCCCCUCUGUCCCCCUUUCCCCCCCUGUCCUCAACUGAUGAUGUUUUCUGGGACUCUGCUGAGACACCACCUAAGGUCCCAGAACGCACUACAUCUAAGUUCUACUGUAGAGAGCUGGUGAUGGGACACAAGAGGGCUGCUUCAAGUGGCUGCCCAGUGUCUGUAGCAGAUAAAAGCGGAAGGUCUGUGUCUCAUGGAGUGUCCCCUGUCAACAGUAACCACUUAGGUUACUUCAAGCUGGAGAGCCCACUUUUACAGCACCGUGUGCAGCCGCACAGGAGGACACAAGAGAGCAUCACAAGUGGACACACACAAGGUGUAAAAUCUGCUCUCAGCCGGCUCAACAAAGCCACAGAAUACUCCUCCUCCAGUGAUGAAGUCGGCAGCAGUGAUGAUGAAGAGAGGAGCAGGUCUGGCCUGUCAAAUGGAAAGGGGAAAUACUUCAGAGGAAUACCUGAUGGCAUCGUGCUGCAACCUCACCACAAUCUUAACCAGAUUUCUCAGAUUAGUUCAGAUGACACCUAUCUACUGCCAGACCUGCUGCAGAAAACCUCCUCAUCCAGUCCUACCCAUAAUGCACUGGACCAGCAGCAGCGAACACAUGAACUCAGUUACUCACAAUCGCCCACAGCACCUCGAUCCCCCACACACCAGGAACUACACGCUGUCGGCAGUCCAACUGGUAAAAACACCUCCACAUCUUCCUCUUCCUCCUUCCUGUCCUUCAUCGAUCCAAGAUUGAUCCCCAUAUCAUCGCCACCACAGAGCCCUAGCAGUAAGGGUGAGCCAAUCAAGAGAGAGAACCACAGGAAGGGCUCUGUGGUGAAUGUGAACCCAACCAACAUUCGACCACAGAGCGACACUCCAGAAAUCCGAAAGUACAAGAAGAAAUUCAACGCUGAGGUUCUCUGUGCUGGACUAUGGGGUGUGAAUCUGUUGGUGGGGACAGAGAGUGGUCUGUGGCUGCUGGACCGAAGUGGUCAGGGGAAGGUGUACUCCCUCAUCAGCAGACGAAGGUUUCAGCAGAUGGAUGUACUGGAAGGACUCAAUGUUCUCAUCACUAUAUCAGGUAAAAAGAACAAGCUCCGUCUCUACUACUUGUCCUGGUUAAGGAAUAAAAUCCUCCAUAAUGACCCAGAGGUGGAGAAGAGACAGGGUUGGACCUCAGUAGGUGAUCUGGAGGGAUGUGUACACUAUAAAGUGGUGCGUUAUGAGAAGAUAAAGUUCUUAGUUAUUGCUUUGAAGAAUGCUGUAGAGGUGUACGCCUGGGCCCCAAAACCAUACCAUAAGUUCAUGGCCUUCAAGUCAUUCAGGUCUCUGCCUCAAAGACCUCUGUCUGUUGACCUGACGGUGGAGGAAGGUCAAAGGUUAAAGGUCAUCUAUGGCUCCUUGUCUGGUUUCCACGCCAUCGAUGUAGACUCUGGAACACCCUAUGACCUGUACCUGCCUACGCAUAUCCAGGGUUCCAUCCGUCCCCAUGCCAUCAUUAUUUUGCCAAACAGCGCCGGAACAGAGGUUCUGGUUUGCUACGAAGACGAGGGUGUCUACAUCGACACCUAUGGCCGAAUCACCAAGGAUACAGUGCUGCAGUGGGGGGAGAUGCCUGCAUCGGUCGCCUACCUCCAGUCUAACCAGGUGAUGGGUUGGGGAGAAAAGGCCAUUGAACUGAGGUCUGCCAACACAGGGAACCUGGAGGGCGUUUUCAUGCACAAAAAGGCCCAGAAACUCAAGUUCCUGUGUGAAAGGAAUGACAAGGUCUUCUUUGCCUCAGUGCAGUCAGGAGGCAGCAGUCAGAUUUACUUCAUGACUCUCGGACAGAACUCACUGUUCAACUGGUAAUGAGUGGACCUGUUACUCUGGGAUCAACAGCUGAUGUCUGCCUUCGUUAUUCGGGGUUUGCGUGGUGAUGCCUUUUCAUAUUUGUUUUGACUGAUGUUCUGCCAUUUAGCUCCGUAGAUAGUUGACACCACACACAUACUCCUGGAUCCAUUACUCUAGCCUCUCGUCUAAUUCAGUCAAUCAGUUUGUAAAUGUAAAUGUAGAUGGAUCCACAGUGGAGAUGAUCAGAAAUGCGGAUGCAGAGCUUGAAUCCAUCCCUCCUUCCUUGACUACUGAAGCCUACAUCACCACCCCUUCAGCCACAGCGUCACAAACAUCUGGAAAUUCAGCUAGAAGGAGCUUUAGUUCACCUGUCUGUGGAAGUAUUAAAAGCUACAACGAGCAGUGUCAGCAUCUUCAAGCAUUUUCACACAUCUGAACUCCCUACUUACCUGGUAGAUUAUGUGGUGAUUUCUAAUAACCACCAGGUUGUUGUUCAACAUCUCUGAGUCUGCCCUACACUUAAACCGGAUCUGUUUCUCUUCAUCUGUCAGCACUGUUCAUCUUGCCUGGAUCAAUUAUUCUUGUCUUUUUUCCUUUUUUUAAAGGACCUCAGUGACUCUACCUUUUAUCAGUCACUCAGCUUUGUUUUGAUCGAUUGCUCACUCGUAUUCGCUAUAACAAUGCCUGGCUCUCAGCUGUGUUGUCAGUGGUUUAUUACUGGAUCAACCGCGUCCAAGUCAUUAUAUCUGGAUCAUUACUCUCCCAGCACAGACAAGGGGAGUAAUCUCUAGUGUGUCUUCAUACAAGCUGCAUCUGUGUGAAAAGGAGCAAAAAAGUGGACGAACAGAAGUGCUUCGUCAUCCUGGCUGACUCCAUGGACAUCAUCUGGGCAUUUCAGAUACUGGUUUUUGGUGGAAAUGUGGUCCAAACCUUCUUAAUUUUACCCCUCAUGAUUUUCUUUAAUCAACUUCAAGAUCCAAAAAUGUCUGUUGUCUGUCUCCAAUACCUCAGAAGUGUUUAGUUGUGUUUAGUUUUCCUCAUUACUGCUAUAAUCGGAAUUGAAGGACCCAUUCAAAUGAUUAUAUUACUGUACUGAAUCCUUAUGUUGUUCAUUUACGUAAAGCAUUAUUAGAUAUAUUAUUAUAUUAUGCACUAUCAAAUGUUGUUAUUGGAAGAAGUGUUUCCUUUUUUUCAGGGUGAAAGUGAGUCAGUUAAACACUUCGUAGGUUUAAUCAGUUAUAUUUUACUGUAAAUAACCCAUCCCUGCAAAUCUUAUAAUAUGACCAAUGGUCAGAAUUGAAUUUCUUAAGACAUGCAAGAUCAUCGUGAAGAUAUAGUUCACUUAUCUCUAGACUAUUUAUUAGAUAAUUCUAUCCCUAAUCAUGAGCAGCAAGUCAACCUUUCUCUCUGUUUAGCCUGAAAUCAGUUGCCAAUUAGGAAAAGUUAUCUGUUGGGAUAUUUGCUUCAUUGCACAGUUUGUAUUAAAAUGAGUUGAGUAGGUUUUAUUAACACAGUAUUAAUACUAUACCCACCCCAGUGCUCUUAGGUCCCAGUUUGAGUAUCCACUCCACUCCAGAUCUGCAUCAUGUAAUUUAAAUUGUAUUGAUCCAUGACAAGGACCUUAAUAACCUUCUACUUUACUGUAGGAAUUGCAAUUGUAAUGCACAGUAAAAAUGGUGUAUACAAGUAGAGAUACCAAACUCCACAGUAACAGGCUAUGAAUGCUUUUUUUGUACAGCUAAGGAUGUAUAUAAUCUUGUAAAAUGCACUGUUUUCUAAAAAUUUUAUAAUUGACAAGCCAUCUUUAUGUAUGUGUACAGAAUUAUAGGCUUAUGAAUGUGAAAGUCCAUCCCAAAACAGAGUUCAUACAUGUGAUAUAAAUGAUCUUGGAAAGUUCAGUCUUUGUGAACAUGGAUGGUGAAUUUGGAUUCCUGUUCAGUUUUACGGACCUGGCUGAAAUGUUCAAGGUCAAGUGAUGUAUCGUGUUAAUUCUGCUGUGUGGUUGAUUUUCCCUUAACAUGUAUAAGUCAAUCUCUUUGCACAAUGGCCACCUUGUACAUGUUUCUGUAAUAUAUCCGACUUUGAGAUCAUUUUUAUGCUUUGGGAAACAUUUAAAGCCAUUCUGUAGUCAGUAUUGAAGAGAUUACUGCAAGCCUUUAGCUUUAGAUCAGUAUUUCUUACACUACCCAACAUGGGUUUUUGAUUGAUAUUCUUGGUGAAAUGGUGUGCUGGGUUGAAAAAAAGUGAAAAGGCCCUGUUGUAUAAUACUUACUCUGUUUCUUUCCUGAUAUUUCUGCAAUUGACACAAUGGGCUUCAAAGCAAGAAACCAAAGAUCAAGGCUUUGAUAUAUUGGCUUUCUUGAGAUAUUUCACAAAUCACAACUGACCAUUUGUAAAGAUUUUUCUUUAUUUAAUCAUCUAAAUUCGCUAACCUUACAGAGUUCAAUGUAUAUUAUGAUUCACUUUUUGAUAGACGACAACAAACCCAACACAUCAGACACACUGAGGAUCUGAAAAAGCUCUCAGGUCUGAUGUUUGUUGCUAAAUAGCUACAAAAUAUAUGUAAUUUACUGUUGCUAGCUUUCAGAUAUUUAAUAGCCCACAUGCUUUAGACAGUGUUACUGUAGGUUUGGUAAAAGUGACGAAGUAUUUGUUUUUUACCUUGAAAUGUGAAUUUUCAAUUUAUUUUAAGAUCCAUUUUUUCUUCAUCAUAUUUUGCUCAAACUGCUAAAUUUAUUAUGUUUUAUGUUACAUUCUAUAUAUUGUAUUUACUCUUGAAUUUUGUGGCUAUCAAAAAUUGCGCCAAAUGUUUUAUAUUCAGUGUUACUGUUUUUUUGUUUUUAUUAUGGACAUAGAAAUAUUACAGCUGGUUCUGUGAGAAUAUUUUAAACUGGAAACAGAUCUUUCUGAUAACUGUCUUACUGCUAAGUUGUUACCAAAUUAGUUUCAGUUGGUUAGACAGUAUUUCUCACUGAAAUGCCGGACCAGUUAGCUAGUUAACAUUGCUUCAGUGCAUUGUAAACUAAUGCUGACAGGCUAACAGACGCAGAGUUGCGUGUUACCUAACACAUGCUAACAUUUUAGAACCACGAGUUUCUUGCUAACAUGUAGCUAAGCUGACAGAAAAGUUUAGCUAGCAGCACCAAAAUGUGUCACCUUUACUCUUAAUACACAGUUGCUUAGCUGGACAGACUUCUGACACAAAAGAAGCCAUAUAGCACAGAACUACAUUUCACAUACUGUACUAUUUAGAUAUGAAUUUUGAGAUAUGAUUCAAAAUAUAUUAAAUUGGUCAAAAAUGUAAAAUACAUUAAUUCAAAACAUAUUUUGGACCCAUGAGCAGCUGAUAGCAACUGCUAGUAAAAAGGUUUGGUCAAAAUUGACGUAUACAUUUUCAUUCUUUUAAUUUGAACCCAUUGCUUAAAGGUACUUAGAAGUAUGUGAAUUGUAUCUCCUGUCUAGGACAGGACAUGUCAUAUUUAGACCCAGGCACUGUUUUAGCUUGUGGUUAGCUUUGGUCAGGUUCAGUCUGCUAUUGAGCAGUUGCUGACAAAGCACUAGCAGGUUUGGCUGGGAUCCUGGGCAAGACCCCUGGCCAUUAUAGUCCAGAUAGAACAAGAGACCAGACCGAGAUAGUCCUUGCUACCACAGUGGUUCCAGCAUCUGCUCAGCUCUACCACGCAUUAGCAAGGAUAAUGUACAGUAACAGUGCACAGUUACUAGUCACUAUUUGCUGCACUCUAUUCAACUCACUAGUUAACACAAAUACUUAAUUCCUGUUAACAAAUUAGCUCUGUUUCUCUUUUGGGAUGGUCCAUUUGAUUUAAUCCUUGUUAGUUUUCCAGUUGACACCUGAUUGCAUUACAAAGUCAGAAUGUGUAUGAAGGUUUGGUUUUAUUUCUCUGCUUUUUAUUGUUAUGCAGUAGAGACAGAUGUUAUCAAAAGAGAUGGAUUUUUGGAUUUUGGCCAUUUUAUGAAAUCAGUCUUGUGAUGAUUGACAGAUGGGAGUUUAUGAAAUAAGAUUGCUGUCCGUUGGAGCUCACUGCAAAGAUUAUGUUGUUUGUAUUGGAAAGAAAAGGUUUUUUCUCUCUAAAUCAUCAUUCGAAAUGUGCCCAAUACCUAUCUUGUAUAUUUGACAACUCAUUAUCAAUGUUUUGUCUGCAUUAUUCUUCAUCUUUCUUCAAGAAACAGCACAGACAGGAGUUCUGCUACAAGCUGACUAGCCCCUGUGUCACACCUAACGAUGUGAUUUAUACUUAGGUUAAUGUAUUUGUCAUAUAAACCUACAGUUUUGAGACACAAUGAGGAUAUUUUUGCAGAUUAUUAGAAACAAACUCCUCUGUCUGCUCCUGCACUUCAUCUCCAUGUGCUGAACAUUUGACGGGAGCUGUAUCACUAACGAGAGAGAGAGAUCAGCGCACUUCCGCCUACACCUUCCACUGCUAGAUUCUGUUUCAGGCUCACUGUGACUCACAUCUCCAACUCUCUCUCUCUCACUUUGUCAACACAGCUCUUCUUGCCUUUCAUUCCCUCUGCUCAACUCUCUCCUCCACCCAUCUUUAUCUCUCAAGAGCAUCUCUCACCAUUCUCCAGCUUUUUGUUCCCACGUCUUAUUCUCUCUGUAGCUUUCCUCUGUCUCGUCAAGUCUCCCCAUCCACCCCCAGCUCUACUGAAGUACCCUUCAGCCAAUUCAGGAAGAGUUUUAUUUCUUUAGUAGUCAUCAGAUUGGCUGGGGGUUGUCAGGCAAGAGUGGGAAAUUAUUUUUUAUUUUAUUUUAUUCAAUCACAUCAUUAGAUAAGAGAGCGUGGUUGAAAGAUGCAAAGUAGCCCACACGGAUACAGGAAAUUAUCAUAGCAUUAGCCAUCUACUGUUUAUUGCAUCAGACACUUUAGCAUGAUGAACAAAUCAAGAGCCUUGAAAACAGACCACAGAAUUGGUCCAAUCCUGGUUUUUGCUGAUUGGUGAACAGGGAUGAAGGAUGAUGCAGAUAAAAGCUAAUACAAAGCAAUUCAAAUUAGUUGCUGUGAAAAAUGUUAGCAAUGUUCAGUUAAAGCGAGACUAUGUAACUUUUGUUGGCAGUUAAUACUGAAUGCUAAAACACAGACUUGAAAUUUGUAAGAGGAAGAAUGUGUAAUUUCUUCUUUUAUAAGUUACAUAGUUUCAUUUUAAGUGUUGCAACUGUUAUUUUCCAGCCUGUUUAUGAGCAGAAGUCUGUGGAUGAACUUCGCAGUUCUCAGGAGAGUUUAUGUGUGGGAGUGUGUGAUGUAGAUGUUAAACAGGUGUUCAGUGUGCAAAGUAAGGAAAGAUGGAGGAGGUGGUUGGUGGCUUGAGUAAGGUGUUAGUUAAUAGAAGGACCUUGAAUGUUGCUGUAAAACCCAAAUCCACAAUUUUCAAAAUACAUGAAAUAGGCUCUGAGUAGAAAAUUAAACUUAUUAUUUGCUCACCAACUUCAUUUUGGAAAACAGUGGAAAAGUUGGUUUGAGAUUGAAGCAAUUUAUUCAAAUUGCAAAAACAGAGCUAGUGAAGGGACCCGUAUCUCAACAGAGGGUGCCAAACUGUGUUUAUGGAUUGAGAAUUUAUAGAUGAUGAUGGUCAUGAUGAGGAGAAAAAGAAAGAGGAUGUGAAUGCGAGGGACAGUGAAUAUGAUGAAUAACAUUGAAUUAAUUUUCCUGCUUUAUAGCACCAACUGUACAACUAGAAUUGUCUGCUUACGAGUGAUAUUUCCCAAAAAACUGAGAUUAAUCCAACAAGUCACAGCUACUGUAAGAGCUGUAGACUGACCUAUGAUGUUACCCAACCUCGAGAAAAAGCAAGAGGCAUUGAAGUUAUUUGUAGACACGCAGGACAGCUGUGUUUCUAUACAUUGUGAAAUCUUAAAAGUAGUUGAGAUUAUAAAAGACCAAAUAUUAUAUAGAUAUAUGUCUAAGAAUAUAUAUUUCCCUUAACCAUUUUGUUUCUGUACCUUUUUGAAAAUUCUGGUUUUGUUUCUGUUUAAUUUUUGCACUGGACCUACAUAAUGUUUUAUGCCUCCCGCUUUGAGAUAAACACACACUAACUUGUGUUUCCAUGUAAAGAGGCAGAAGACAGUGAGACAACAAUAAAUAUGUUGAAAUGA